AUGGACUUCCCGUUCCCUACCACAAUAAGCCGUGAUGACUUCCAAGAAACCGAUUUUUCACCCGAUUCAUUUUUAUACGAAAACCACCGUUACACAGCGAUAGACGUGUUAAUAAAAGACCUCACUAACUUAUUCGAUGGAUUGAAGGGAGAGCUUCUCAAUAUAGUGAAUAAUGAUUAUUCCGAUUUUAUAAGACUAGGAAGGUCUAUUGAUGGAGGUAUGGAUUUAAUUAAUUCCAUGUUGAUAGAGUUGAGAGAUUUCCAGAAGAGCUGUUAUGCCAGCGAGCAGCAUUUAAUGUAUACCCAUGAAACGGUGGAGAAAUCAUUACAAACCAAGUCUGAACUAAUUUUAAUAAAGAAUAACGUAAAACUUUGCCUAUUACUCUCCAGCCAGAUCAUGAAUUUCGAAAAUUUGCUAAAUGCAGCAGCCAUUGACUCUUCGUCGACACCAAACUCCACCAACUCCAUAGAAAACUUGAAAAACUUGACCACCAUAUACCUCACUAUAAAUAAGUUGUACAGUGUUCUUUCCAAAUUGGACACGCAGUAUAUUGUGGGGAUUAAGGUCAAGGUGUCCAACAUUGGGUCGGAGUUCAGGAAUUUCUUAAAUGAGUUGCUAUUGAGGUUCAAGGGGAACAAAUUAGAGAAUAAGUUGAUAGUAUUCGAGUUGAUGAGGAUAUACAAGGUGAUAGGCCACGAAGAAGACUUUGUGAAGUUGAUAAGAGAGAGAUAA